AUGCACCUCCCCCAACUUCACUCGCCUAAUUUCUACAGUCGGCUUCGUUAGGCGUACUGCUCGAACACACCCAAUGAUAAUUCUCUUCACUGCUCUGUGUUGCUGCUGUCGGGAAACUGGGUGUGUGAUCCGGAGUGGCUGAUGGAAUUGCUUGCUGUCUUUGCAUUGGCUGACCGCACAGCAGCACUGCUCCGUGUAUUUUUAGCCAUCGAUGCAAUUCAUAUUGCGGUGCGAGCGAGGCGACUCUGUCCACAGUCCCAGUAGGCUACACGGGAGUUACAGGGGGUAGCUGCAAGUGCAGUGCUUGGGGUUUGCGACAGACCGAAGGAGACUGGGGGAGACUGGCUACACAGCAAGUCAAGUAAAAAUAAAUAAACGCCAUUAUCGGGUUUUCACGGUCAGGUGCUGAGGCUGUAGCCUGAGGAUUUUCCAAUAGCCUACAUUUGUAGAUUUAUUGUUGGUCUAUUUUAAUACUGAGCAGCUUUGCAAAUGGCAAGUCCCGCUGCAGAUAGAGGACAACCACACCAGCGACAUCCCCCCUCUGAAUCGGCCUCGGAGCCCGCGUUUCUAGAAGCGCAGAAAUGGAUUGAGGCGGUCACAGGCAGAUGCUUCAAUGACAAGGACUUCAGGGGAGGCCUGGAGAAUGGGAUCCUGCUGUGCGAGUUGCUGAGCUCCAUCAAACCUGGCUUGGUGAAGAAGAUCAACAGAUUACCCACUCCCAUCGCUGGCCUGGACAACCUGAGUGUGUUCCUGCGUGGCUGUGAGGAGCUGGGACUGAAGGGCUCUCAGCUGUUUGACCCUGGGGACCUGCAGGAUAUCUCCACACGCCCCAACGCCAACAGGGUUGCCGACUGCAGUAGGAAACUCAAGAAUGUUCUGAUUACCAUAUACUGGCUGGGCCGGGCUGCCAACAGCUGCACCUCCUACAACGGGCCCACACUGGACCUGAAGGAGUUUGAAGGCCUGCUAUCACAGAUGCGGAAGGAGGCGGAGGACACGGAGAGCCCCCAACGCAGCAUACGGGACAGCGGCUACAUCGACUGCUGGGACUCGGAGCGUAGCGACUCACUCUCCCCGCCUCGCCACGGCCGAGAGGACUCCUUCGACAGCCUGGACUCAUUCGGCUCACGCUCCAGACAGACUCCCUCGCCGGACGUAGUGGUCGCCCUCGGCAUUGGCAGUGAUGGCCGUGGCAGCGACUCCGAGUCCGACGCCGGACCCCAUGGGGGCAGGAAGCUGCCAGACGUGCGCAAGGAUGACAUGCUGGCUCGGCGGACCUCGGUGAGCGAGCCCCGCGUGAUGGUGCCCUUCAAUCAGUACCUGCCCAACAAGAGCAACGCCAGUGGCUACAUGCCCACACCGCUGCGCAGGAAAAGGGGUGACCACGAGAGCCGGGAGGAGGGCAGUGGAGGCAGCCGCAAGAGCUGGAGUACCGCCACCUCGCCCAUAGGAGGCGAUAUACCCUUCAGAUUCAGUCACAGAGCUGCUAGUGUAUCAGAUGACCCAGAGAGUGUGAGUAUGAUUGACAUGCGUUGUGAGGAGGACGCCAUCUUGCCACACCACAGCCAGGUGCGCCACGAGCUCAUGCACAACCAGUACAACAUGCUGAAGGAGGAAGAGGACCACUGGCAGGAUGACCUAGCCCGGUGGAAGAGUCGCAGGAGAAGCGUCUCCCAGGACCUGAUUAAGAAGGAGGAAGAGAGGAAGAUGAUGGAGAAGCUGAUGACGGGUGAUGGGGGGGCCACCUCUCAGAGGAGGAAGAGCAUCAAAACCUACCGGGAGAUUGUUGAGGAGAAGGAGCGUCGUGAGAACGACCUCCGCGAGGCCUACCGGUUGGCCCGCACCCCUGAGGAGGCAGCGUUGGUCCUCCACCGCUACGCCCAGCGCUUCACCAUCAGUGAAGCGGUGUUGGAGCGCCUGCAACUGCCCAAACUGCUGGACAGGAGCAUCUCUGAGGAUCCCACCGCUACCACCAACACACGUCUCACCCUCACCCCCACUUCCUGUUCUCCCACCCCCAUCUCCCUGGAAGAAGAUACAAAUGGCCCCCUGAAAUACCUGAGGCAGCAGUCGCUCCCGGCACCCAAGUUUACCGCUACUGUUGAGGCCCAGGUGGUGGGGUUCCCCCAGGGUUUGUCUCAUCGCCCCCAGAUUCGGUCGCGCAAGCCUGAACCAAACCCCUCGAUCCGGGCCGUCUCACCCAAGUCUGUACCUUUGCUGAUGCCCAAGCCUUACAAUCAACCCAAGGGCAUGCAGAUGCUGGUGGGACCCAGGCCAGGCAAGGUGGAUGGCUUGCUGCGAGUGAACGGCGACAUGGGAAACGAUGAGGUCACCACUCCAGAGAGCGAGGGAAGGACCUCCCCUCUACGGUUCUACCCCUCCCCUGCCACACCUACAGCCUCCUCUGAUGGUUCUGACACACACCCAUGUGAGGCCACUCCCCCACCCACACAUAGCCCCUCCCCCAGGGCAAGCCCAUUACCAGCCAUGCCAGCUGUGGCACAGUGUGGCACAGGCACUGCAGUGACAUCAUCUUCAAUGCCAGGAGAAAGUGAUGCCCAGAAGAAGGAUAAUGCACAGGAGUCUACCCCGCCUAGCCGGCCCACCUCACUGCCCUCGGAGCUGCAGAGCACAGUGUGUCUUGUGGAGGCGGGAGGCAGGUCUGCUGCAGGCCCACUGGGGGAGGAGCCCAACACAACAGAGACUGCAGUACAGCCCUCUCCAGCUACAGAGUCACAACAAGCUCCCAAAGAACAAACAGAAGUGUGUAUGAAUGCCACAGCGACUAGACAGAACACCACUGUCCUCCGUCCAGUCCUAUCAGAGCACGCCACACAACAAGCUCAACCAAUGACCGCACCGGUCAGUGAGCCCAGCCUGGAAGCGUCUCAGAGAGCAGAUGAAGUUGCUACCUUGGCUGAUCCAGGACCUGUCAGAAACAAACCACCAUGUGAAGCUCCCACAACAGAGGGGGCAGAGCAGGAGCGUGGUACAGCAGCGGUCACUCAGGUGUCAUCCCCGGUAGUGGCCCAGGCUAAGCGGGGUGACCGCUGGUUUUGGGACCCAAAUGAGGAGCGAAAGCGUCAGGAAAGGUGGCAGCAAGAGCAGGAGCGCAUGCUUCAGGAGAAGUACCAGCAUGAGCAGGAGAAGCUGAAACAGGAGUGGGAGAGAGCGCAAAGAGAGGUGGAAGACGAGGAGAGGAGAUACCAUGAGGAGGAGCGAAGGAUACUAGAGGAGACUGUGGCCCCUCUGACCCCCCUCUCCUCCACCCUGCCCUCGCCCAUCCGGGGGGACACCCCCGCGCCUAUGGACCCCCAGGACACCAUCGUCCGGUCGCUGGCCGACUGGGAACGCAAGCAGGAGCUGCUGGAGAGACAGGGGGGGAACACCGAGAGAGUGGUAUGGAAAGGACAAGAUAACGACAGGAGUAGUGACAUCAGCACAGCGUCCAGAGAUGAGAGUCUGAAAACAGCAGUCAGCUCAAUCAGCCAGAACAGCAGUCAGGCAGACAAGCUGACACCGAGUUUGCAGAAUGGUCAGAGAGCACCACACACCAUGGCCGUUCCCCAGCCACCCAACAAGAAACAAAAUACAGAGGUCUUACUAGACUGCACCAAACCCAGCCAGCAGGCGCCCUCUCGGGACAGGAGGUGUGGCUCCAUUGAAUCCAUGGGGCCCAGUCCAUCAAACUCACCCACCACAUGCCCAUCCGACAUGCCUCAAUCUCCAAACAGGUCGGUGAGCGGUAAGAAGCUGUGCUCCAGUUGCGGUCACCCUUUGGGAAAAGGGGCAGCCAUGAUUAUUGAGACCCUCAGCCUUUACUUCCACAUCCAGUGCUUUAAGUGUGGGGUCUGUAAGGGACAGCUGGGUGACACCACCACGGGGACAGACGUGAGGAUCCGGAACGGCCUCCUCAACUGCCACCAGUGCUACAUCCGCUCCCGCUCAGCCGGCCAGCCAACCACAUUGUGACAACGUUGGGUCAAUGGAAAGCACACAGAGAAAUUGUCUCCCUUCUUCCUACUUCUCCAUAUAAUCAACAUGUGUGGAAUGUGUCUUGUCUGUCAAUGCCUAUGUGGGGAUUUUCGCAAUGUCUGCAAAUCACAUCCUAUCGGGAUUAUUGAAAUGGUCCAAAUAAUGCCUGACAUUGGAAAGUUGUGUGUACAUAGAAUAUUAGUCCGACUGAUCAUAGUCAGCCUAUUGAUUCUAUUGGCUCUGUAUGAUCACAGCUCAGAGGUUCUCACUUCCUCGUAUCCAUAUGCACCCACAAGCCCUCGAGAGGAUGGUGGACAUUUUGAAUCUGAGCUCCGAUACUGUAAAUAUGGUGUAUACAGUAUAACAGCCUCCAUCACUUCAAAACAGUAUAGGAAACUCAUGAAAACACUAAUGCAAUGAAGUCCAACCAACAAAUUUGGCACUUAGACAAAAUAUUUGUUUGUAAAGUAUACCCUUUAUUUGAAUUGAAUUAUUCUCUGGUAUCCAGGUUGUUAGACAGGCCUUAUUAGUCUUUAGUUUGUAACUUAAGCUUCUAAUUUGGUUGCUAGAGAAGGUUGUCAUGAUUUCCAAUAAAAGUUUCAAGUAAUAGAAGUGUAUUCCAUUUUGCCAACUUGAGAUCUGUAGGAGUUUUUCUCGAUGGUCAACUAAAGGCUUAGAAAAGCCUGCUUUGUUCCUCCUGAUUUUCACUUAAACCACAAUUAACCCAAACUCUGGUUUAAAUUCUGAAAGUUAAAUUGUUUAGCUAACUAUCUUCUUUCCAGGCAGCUCCAACACUGUCUUAUCGUUUAUUUCUUCCGUAUUGCUUUAGUAGCCUACUGGAUACAAAAAAAUACUGUGCUGUCACUAGGCUAUAGGCCUACAUACAUUACAGUAACUUUGCACGUCAGCCUGACAACGUUAUCCUUUUCUCUCUUUCUUUGCUCAAAAAAAAUGUCCGCUCACAAAGUUAGAUGUACUUCAUUUUAAAGCAAUAACGAAAACUGAUGCAUGUAAACUGAUUGUGGAGGUAAACAACCGUCAUGGAUUCAUGCUACUGUACUAAACCAUUCCGUAAACUCUUAACCGGUUCUCUUUAGGAAUUUUAGGCUUGGAAUGUCAUGAAACGUGCCUUAGGUAAACAGGUGAUUGCACACUCAAGGGAAGGGAACCCAAAGAUGGUGUCCGCUUAAAGGAAAACUCCACCCAAAAACUGUCUUGGUAUUUAUUUCAUUAGUCCAUUGAUGAUCUAGUCUCAACUUGAUUAUUGACAAGAAAAACAUGAUCAAGAAUAUCACUUAAAAUACAGAAAUCAGCAAUAGGCAUCAUAUAGGGAUUAUUUCUGUAUUGUGUAUGUUACAUGUCUUUUAAAACUUAUUUGCUAACAAGCAAAACAUUUUGAGACUAUAUCAACAAUAGACUAAUGAAACAAAUGCCAAAGUUUUGUUUUUGGAUGGAGUUUUCCUUUAAGUGUGAUGGGGUAGGAUGGGAGAUUUUUGUCCAAAAUGCAGGAGAAACUGCACGAGAGCUUAAAAUCACCCCACCAAUUUGUUUUGUUGAUAUUCCCCUUUAUUUUUUUACUCGUGUCACAGUUUACCAAACCUUGUUUUUUCAUGAUUUGCAGUGUCUUUCCAGUUUCAAAACGGAAUCUAAAAUAUAUCUAGGAUAUAUGGUUGACAUAUUUAAUAGCAGCCUUUCCCAACAAAAAAUAGGAUGACCAUUGAUUUUUUUUUUUAUUGUGUAUCCGAAUGUUUUGACAUUAUAAUGACUCUAUAUAGGCCUCUCUAUGCCCUGUUGACAGUGAUGACGACUUUGGUCAGCAAUAGAAACCCAUUUUCAACAACAAAAAUAUAAAUUAAGCAUACUUGUUGCGUUGUGAAAUUAUGGCUAAAAUGUUCUUACCAGCAGGUGCACUUGAUUAACAUUUGGCUGCUAAAGACCAGUGCCAGCAGUUUGAACGUCAAUUGUGAAAUUAUAGGCUACUAUGGAGCAAUUUCAGUGCCAACAGAAAUUGUAUUUGAAUUUCAUAAUUUCGAAUUUGUAUUAGGAUUUUGAAUUUGAUUGUAAUACUUUUGAAUUUGUAAUCGUUGAAUUCAGCUUUAGCUAAUUGUGCUAACAUAGUCUUGUGACAUGUAGGAGACCUUGUUCAAACCCACUCAGUCACAAGAGCAAGAUUUUAAUAGGGAGUGGAAAGGCUAUCCUUAGAAGGGCUAUGACAGGACUAUUCAACUAUAUUCUUAUGUGGGCCAAAUUGUGUUUUUUUGUGACACUCUUCUAACUCCGAUUGUUGUCAUCAUAGAAGGGAACAGAAGGCUCCAGAGAGUCUUUGCUUUCAGGAAUGGGGUCGUAAUAGCUCAUAGCCAAGACUGUUCAAAAUUUGGCGCUAAAUUCAUAGGAAGAAAAUUAAUUCAACAUGUCACAUUGGCUUCAGAAACUGCAUGAAGUUUAUGUUUUACAGAGUGAGCAUUUGAUUAUCUGUUCUCUACCUUCCUGGUUGGCAAAGUACCAGGAUGUUGUCUCAGGUUUUGAAUUUGAAUUUAGAGAGCUGAAGUUGAAUAUAUGACACUUUGAUUAACUUGAAAUGAUGGUUUGUAAACUUGAUUCACAGACAAUGAAUGCAAUACUUACCGUAAGUUACAUUUAUGAAUUCAGUGAUUCAAUUCAUGCAUUACAAAUUCAAAAUAAUGGAAUUCAAAUCAAAUGUCUGUUGGCACUGAAAUCGCUCCAUAGGUUACCAGUGUUGGAUAUAAUGUAUGUUCAAAUGCUAUCUUGAAAUAAAUCCAUAGCCUACUCUGUCAGACAUAUGAUCCAUUCUCAACUUGUAGCUUACAACUUUCCCUGUUUCGUCUGAGUUUAUUUUUCUGAUAUAGUCCUACCAUAUUUUUAGGCUUCAGGUCUGAUUGUCUUUUUACUUUUACUUAGGAAAUUAAUACAUCUCAGCUGAUACUCUGCAGGGGGGCGUCUUUGUGUCAGAAAUAUCGAUACCGUCUUAGCUGGAUGAAUAGUUUGGGAAUGAUACUUUACGUCUAAGUUCUGUAUUUAUUGUAAUAUUCACCUGAACAUUACCCGAAGAAAGAUAAAUGUGAUGUUCAAAUGCAUUGGCUUUAUAGCAUACUGUAUGUUUAUAAAUAAAAUGUAACAAAUGAAUGAA